AUGUCAAAAAAUAAAUUGACAACAUCCGUUUCCUUAUUAUUUUUUAUAAUAAAUAUUAAAAUUGUCAAUGGGAUAAAAUGUUAUUGUACAGAUGAAACAUGUUCACCUUAUGGUGCAUGUGAAGCAAAUUUAUGUUUAGUUGGUAUAACAAAAAAUACAAAUUCAGUAAUAAGAACGUGCGCAAAUGAUGUUCGUAUGCCAUUAGGUUGCCGACAACAAGUUGAUAGUAAAUGGUCUGAUUUAUGUGCUUGUGAUCAACAUUUUUGUAAUACAUUUUCAUAUCUUAGAACACAAUCACGUAGAGAUACUGGACCUAAUUCUGGAUAUCAUGAUAUUCAACAAAAAAUAGGUCCUGAUAUAUCAAGUGAUGAUGCAUUAGUAUUUCAAAGAGUUGAUACACCAGAUUAUGAUUUUCCCGGUUUACCAAAUCCAAAUGCACCAUUAUCAACAAAAACAUCUUUAUUAACACUAUUGUUAGUUGUUGUACCAUUAUCUGUGGGAGCAGCAGCUGUUAUUGUCGUUGCAUUCAAUUAUUAUUGUCAUUUAUGUUAA